UUGUUGUUUUAAUGGGUUUUAUGUGUAUUAAUAAGAACAUUUUAAAAACAUUUCUAGAUUAGUGUAAUUGUAGUUUUCAAUAUUUAAAGCCACGUGUUCAUUUACGAGAUGAAAUAAACCGAUGAGAGUCCGAAUUGGUAAAAUACGUUAUUUGUCUACUUAUUCAUGACAUGUACUCUUUAUGAAUAAAUCUUUUACUUUAUUUUUCUAAUACUUUUCAUCAAUAAAACGUUUGUUCUCAAUUGAAACCAGCUUUUUCCAGGAAGAUAAUCUAUUUAAACUGAAUUAAACACUGCAAAAUAUUUCGAUUGGUUUACUUCUUAAGUCAGGAUGAUGAUAUUGUGCCGUGUUAUGUUUUUUCCAUCAUGUUGCACAUUUUUCAAUCGUAUUGUUUAACUGUUGGAAGUAUUAAGACCAAGAUUGACACUUCUUAGGUUAUAUAAUAUAUACUGCUUGUUUCAGUCACAGCACGUUUGUAAUUUUUGUGACAUUUAUACUUCUUUAUUGAGUUUUAAAUUGUUUUUUUAAGGUUGUUAUACUGUUAAGAGUCCAGUACAAAAUUAAGCUAUUAUUAACAUUUUUAAUGUUGUUUCUUAUCCAUUUCUUAUUAUCUUUUCAUAAUUAGGAAUUGCGGGUGUAGUACUAGUGUUACUGUGUAUGCUUGUGCAGUUUGGAACAAUGCACAGUGGAAAGAUAGCAACUGAAAUUUUUUUAGUAGUUACAGAUGGAACAUCAUAGCCAGAGAAGUGAACUUUGGGAUGAUAGGAAAUUGUAAAAAUGUUUACCUAUUUUGUAUGGCAAAAGAUCCAAACAUUGGAACAGUGUAAACUAUUAUACAUUUUUAAUGUUCCUGUUGUGACAGGACUUGAUGGCAACAGUGAAGCAAUUUCUGGUUUUGGGACAAUUGUAAUAUCUUUGGCAAAACAGUGCAAGAAAUCUCAGUUUGGAAAGACACAGGAAGAUGAAGCCCUUGUGAGGCAGUGGAUUGAAUAUGCUGUCUGUUAUGGAAACUAUGUGGAUUUGACACAAACAGCUCGACAGGUCCUUAAGGAGCUGAAUGCAGUGCUUUCAACACGAUCAUAUUUUGUAGGCAGUUCUCAGACAUUAGCUGAUAUUGUGCUUUAUUAUGUUUUGCAUGGUGUUAUGGUUGAUUUGACUUACCAGGAAAAGGAGCAAUAUCUACAUCUCUCAAGAUGGUUUAACAACAUUCAGCAAGAUCCCAAGUUAAGGCAGAAGAACAAGCUCAUACAUUUUAGCCGAACACCGCUGUAUACUUAAUUUUGACUCUUUUUGUGCAAGUAAUAAGCAUCCAUUUACAAUUCAGCUGAAAUAUUAUAGUGUCUCUCCUUAUGGUGGAGAAUGUUACAAAAGCUUAAUCUCAUUAUAGGUUUAGAAGCCAGAAAGAAUGAAUGAAAAUGUUUUUGUGUCCAUUCAGUGAGCAUUUGAUGUACAUCAAUUGUUCGUGUUCUCUAUUGCUUACCAAUACCAUUUCUCAGCAAGGAUCAGCAACAUAUCUAGGAUUUAAUUCUACAGAGCAGUUGGGUUAGAAGUCAGUCAAUAAACAUUAUAAUUUAAGCAAAUCAUCAUGAGGAUUAUUGUUUGCAUGGAUGUUGGUCUGUUUAUCGUCUGUAAUAUUUAUUUAUUUUCUUCUAAAAUUUUGUCAUAAAAAAUACAUUUUUUGUGUUUGCCCCAGAUAUUUUAAGGGUGUGGGGAAUGGUCCUUAGUGGAGCAUGGUGAGGUUGUGCCACAGUAGGUGCAUCUUCAUCUUGAAGAGAAAUAGACUGCUGCUGUAAAUGGAAUUGUGUCUCUUUAAAAUAAGUAUUAUGUUUGUGUGAAAUGUUUUUGUCUUGUAUUUAAGCCCUAUUCCACUAGAUAUUAUUUCUAUAAUUGGAACAUUAACAUGAUUGAGAAAUACCAAGAUGACAUGUUAUGUUAGUGUAGUGUGUGUCUGUAAUGAAAUUCACCAUUUUCACUCCUUAUGAAUUGGCCCACUUUUAAUUGUUCAAGCUCUCUGUUUGUGGAUAAGACUUGAUAUUUUUCUCAAACAUAACCUUAUAUUUUUGUUUGAAGGCACUGAAAAUAAAUAAAUGGUCUUAAAUAUUUUUAAGCUUGUAGACACCAUAUAAAUAUAAAUUAAAAAUGCUUGGUUAAAAUAAUAUUUUGAUUUAUAUAUAGAAUGGUAUAAAUUGACAGUGCUUUUUAUAGACUAUAGUAAUCAGGCACACUUUAAUUCUUUUGUACUAAAUUCUUUACAUGCAUCUAUUCUCUCCAGUUAAGAAGAAGAAGAUAAAAGACAUUUUUGGCUUGUAUAAACAUUGAAAAUGUUAAGUUCCCCUUUUUCCUCAAAUGUAUUCUGCUGUAAACAGUAAAUUCUGGAAAGAACUUAUAAACCAACUUUCCUUUAAAGGGUUGCAUAGUUUUACACAGGCUGGCCAGAGUUAUAAAUAAU